UAACAAGUAUUUGUUAAACUUAAUAACAUUUCGAAUCCGGUCACACUGGAAGUUAUUCAUGUAACCAAAACAAAAUGGGAAGAAUUGCAUUCUUAAAUCGCUUAAUGGUCCAAAAAACCACUGUCAGAAAUUUGUUCCAGUUUGGAAAAACUAAGGGAGAUACUGGAAAAUAUGAACAGAUAGUUUCCACUGGCCUGGUUUCUCCGGAACGAAGUGUUCCCAAAGACAUUGAAAAGCCAGCGUACCACUUUAAAAAAAUGUCACCGGGCAAUACUUUGGGAUCCCCAGAAAUCAAAACGUCAAAUCAGAUAGAUGCAAUGCGUAUGAGCGGAAAACUAGCAGCACGAAUAUUACGUGAAUGUGGUAAAUUAGCAACAGUUGGCACAACCACCGAUGAGAUUGACGCCUUUGCACACGGUAGAAUUAUUGAAUCAAAAGCCUAUCCCUCACCUCUGAGAUAUGCCGGUUUCCCAAAGUCCAUCUGCACCUCUAUUAACAACAUCGCCUGCCACGGAAUACCAGAUGACCGGCAGUUGGCCAACGGCGAUAUUAUUAAUAUUGACGUAACAGUCUUUUUAAAUGGCUACCAUGGCGACUGCUCAGAGACAUUUCUGGUGGGCGAGGUGGACGAGCGGGGAAGCUUCCUUGUGGAGGCCACUAGAACCUGUCUAGAUCACUGCAUUUCUCUGUGUGGCCCUGGCGUAGAAUUUAAUGAGAUAGGAAAGUUUAUACAAAGAUAUUGCGACGAAAGAGGCCUUGAAUCGAUUGCUGCUUUUAUAGGACACGGAAUAGGAAGCUAUUUUCAUGGUCCCCCUGAGAUAUUACACUACUACAAUGAACUUCCUGGAAAAAUGCAGCCUGGCAUGACCUUUACUAUUGAACCCAUUCUGUCUUUGGGCGGAUCAGACAUAGGGGUCUUGGAGGAUGGCUGGACGGCGAUAAGUUUGGAUGGCGCACGUAGCGCCCAGUUUGAGCACACCAUUCUGAUUACCGAGACAGGAACCGAGAUACUUACAAGAGACCAAUAGAAUCAUUUUAUGUACAUGAUGAAUUUUUAUUCGUGAUUCCCAUAAAGUACUGAAUGAGUUUUGGGUGGCAGUCUUGUGCAUUUGGUGCCGUUGUAACCGUCGAAUCCGUGUGAUAGGUGCUCGUUUUUCGCUUACAGAAGCAUUAAAGGCUUAACUACAAA